GACACAGAGCGCGAGCACCUUCACGCAGAGACUGUCAGAGCAAUGGGCGCCACCCUAUAAAGCUAUGAAGCGUUUAUUUUUUCUUCCGACAUUGAUGAAUAUUACGACAUCCGAAAGGACAUGUUGAUAGAUUUAUCGUCUUAAUAACACUAUGGCACGAGGAGAGGGCGCCGAGCAGUACGCGGCGGGUUUACUGCCAAUCAAACCUAUAAAUACCGAGAUCAAGACAGCAAAGCCAAAGGACCAGAGAAACCGUCUGACUGUGUGGAAUAAACUGUGCUAUGCCGUCGGUGGGGCUCCCUACCAGAUCACAGGCAGCGCUUUGGGCUUCUUCCUCCAGAUCUACCUGCUGGAUGUGGCUCAGCUGGAUCCCUUCCAUGCCUCUAUCAUCCUCUUUGUGGGCCGGGCCUGGGACGCUGUCACAGACCCCACAGUGGGUUUCCUGGUGAGCCGGAGUAGAUGGACCGGCAUCGGCCGCAUGAUGCCCUGGAUCCUUUGCUCUACUCCGUUUGCGAUGCUGACUUACUUCCUGAUCUGGUACGUGCCUCCUUUUGAGCAAGGGAAGGUGCUCUGGUACCUGGUCUUUUACUGCCUCUUCCAGUCAAUGCAGACGUGCUUUCACGUGCCAUAUUCAGCCCUCACCAUGUUCAUCACUAACGACCAGAAAGAGAGGGACUCUGCCACCGCUUAUCGUAUGAUGGUGGAGGUGCUGGGCACAGUUCUGGGCACAGCAAUCCAGGGACAGAUAGUAGGUGGAGCCACAAAUUGUCCCACUGAGCCCGACGACCUGAACGGCAGAAACUCAACCAACACGUCCAGAGUUUCACUGGAUGAGACGAAACAAGCGUAUUUGAUUGCUUCAGGGGUCAUCUGCAUCAUCUAUUUCUUCUGUGCAGCAGUCUUGUUUUUGGGCGUGAAGGAGCAAAAAGAGAACGGGCGGAAGAAAACCCUGCUUACCUUCCGUCAGGGCCUGUGGCUGGUGAUGAGCUACGGACCGUACAUAAAACUAGUCAUCGGCUUCCUCUUCACCUCUCUGGCCUUCAUGUUGCUGGAGGGAAACUUUGCCCUUUUUAUCACCUAUUCUCUCGGCCAUAGAAAAGACUUCCAGAAUAUUCUCCUGGUCAUCAUGCUUUCCGGGACACUAACAAUCCCGUGGUGGCAGUGGUUUCUGACCCGGUUUGGGAAGAAGAAAGCGGUUUACUUUGGCAUCACGUGGGCAGUACCUUUCAUGAUCCUAAUCGUCUGCAUCAAGAGCAACCUGAUCAUUUCAUACUUGGUCUCAGUGGCGGCAGGUGUGAGCGUGGCGGCAGCUUUCCUCCUGCCUUGGUCAAUGCUUCCCGACGUAGUGGAUGACUUCAAGGUUAAAAACCCAGACAUCCAUGGUUACGAAGCCCUCUUCUACUCUUUCUACGUCUUCUUCAUCAAGUUUGCCUCUGGAGUUUCUCUGGGUAUCUCUACACUCAGUUUAAAAUUUGCCGGCUAUGUGACUGGGAGCUGCUCACAACCAGAGGCGGUCAGUUUAACCCUGAAGGUGCUGGUCUCUCCCGUGCCUGUCGUUCUUAUAGCUGUGGGGCUGUUGAUAUUGAGGACAUACCCUAUUGAUGAAGAAAGGAGGCAGGGCAACCAAAAACUACUGCAGGAAAUGCGGGACUCCGAGUCUGAAACUUCAGCACUUGGGAGCAGCGCGUAGCCGCAGAGGACGAGCCAACCACCACAGCCGCUUUAACAGGUUUGCACAGGCUGUCAAGGGACACGACCGCCAACCAUCUGGACUAACGGGGACCACAGACCACUGCUGCCCAAACAUAGUCAGCAUUAAGCAGCUCCCCACCAGUGGAUCACACAGGUCUACGUCGCCCUCUAGUGGCCGGUCAGUGGCAUCUUAUGUGUGGGACAAAGUAUCUUCUGUGGCCUUUAUCUCCAGCUGUGUCCCAAUUAAAGUCACCUGCUAAAACUGAAAAACAUAUACAAUUUACAAAUCAUUAUAGUGUAUUAUUUUGUCAGGUAGUGUAGAACCAAAGUCUGGGGUUAGUGACUUUUCUUGUUGCUUUCACUUCCAAAUAUACUUUUUCCUUUUCGAGGUUUUCCUUAACAGUUUAGGUGAAACACAGCACUUAUCAUUUAAAAGGAAGAUCAAAGAUGUUUUGUUAACACUCAACAUAUACAGCUCCUAUAAGCUCAUGGGAGCUGUAGUUUUACUCAACAAAGAGAACUCUAAACUGUUUUUCCAAAGAGUUGUGACUUUAUUGUUUACUGAGAUGUUCCUGUAGCUGCUAUGUUAAUUACCUCGACUAGUUGUGAGCAGCGGCACCAUUUCUUUUGUGCAUUGCAUUGUGGUCAUUUUUACACUCCAGUGUGAGUGCACUUCCUAGUGAAAUACUAGGUUGUAUUUGGGACACAGCUUGUGAUUUGUGGUGUUCUUUAUUAAAUAUUUAUUUGUUGGUUUACAAGAUCAGACCAGCACUCGACUGCAGUGUGAUACUGUGGUGUUUACUAUGUCUUAAGUCACUUGUGUUCAGGCAGUGCUCUGAAGGAAAUAUACAGCAUCAGCCCUUAUUUAUAAAGGACAUACCAGCACUAUUCCCCUAAUUGGAGUUGUAUGGAGCUGUCCUACCUUUCAUUGAUUGUUGCUGUUUCUUGUAGAUUAUUUCAGAAAGGCAAAAACAAUAAGUGUACUUAAAUCUUCUGAAGGGGAAAAGGCACCUUGUGGUAUAAUGUACUGUAUGAAUCACUGCCUUACGCACAUCUUGAAUACUUUCUGUUGAAAUUGUGACUCAGAUUAUUUUCCUUGUAGCUACUGAGAAGGGUUUUGCCAUCUCACCUUUUUUUGUGCUUUAGCAUUUCAGCCAAUCUGUCAUGUUUACAUGACAUUUCUGAAUGUGCGUUCAGUGCAAAGUCAACUCCAGUAUGAAGUCAUUUCAUCAAGAAUCUUUUCACUUCCCAAAGGGAAGGAAUUGCUUUAUUUAACUAUUUAUUUACAUCAAAUAUCUUAAGGGAUUAUAAUUUUGCUUGUAAAAGCACACGUGUAAUGUAUUAACAGUGAAUGGAUAUGUGAGUGAUUUUCAAGUCUUGUGGAAAACAUUGAGACCAUCAAAACAUUUUCAUUUUUUUCUAAGACAAGAAAAUAGCACAAAUUGCUGUAAUGUGAUAAACAACCUGUCGGCGUUGUGACUCUUAAAAUCAGCUGCCCAAACCCAGUUUCUAAUAUAAGGUUAAUGGGCGACAUCUGUCACAUUAAAUGGCGUCAUAGAAAAGCACAUUACAUUUCCCCUGGGUGUUUAUAUGUAUAAUAUGUAAAUAGUUUUUUCCAACUUUGAUCAGAAAAGAGAUACAUUAAUGCACUGUAAAUUUGUAAUUUU